AUGAACGAGUCUUAAAGUAAAAUAUCUCGAAAUACUUCAUCUUCACAUUUUAGUCUUCCUAAAAUAUCGAAAAUAGCAAACACCCCAAAGUAUCUAGAAGUUAAAGGGUACAAAAAUUACAAGUACAAGAGUUAUAUGAUUGAUCUAAUGAAAUCAGAUAAGAAGUUAUAGAAAUUAUUACCUUUUCAUCUUUAAAAUUUGACUAAAACACCUAGAAAGAGAUACGAAUUAAAUGAUUCUACUAAAUAAGAGUUGCUUCAUUUUAGCAAAUUAGAUAACAUUUUUACAGAAGGGGAUUUAGAAAUAAUGAAAUAAGCUACAAUUACUCAGGGAGCUAUGAAUAUUCAAGCAUUGUAUAGGAAAACAUUAAAGUCUUACGAAUAGGAUUCAUAAAACACUAAAAGAGCUGAUGAAAGUUUAUUAUGUGAUGAAAUAACUAUGAAUAAUAGCUUAAUUAGCAAUAUUAUUGAACAUUAAAAAUAAUUGACCAUAAAUCCAAGAGUAAUAAGAUAAACAAAGAAAGAAGUAUACAAAGAAAUGAACACUAUCAAAGAAUUCAAAGUACUAGUUAAAAAUACAUAACAAUAUAAUGAUAUUUACGAUAUCAAAGAAGCAGGAAAAAGUAAAAACAAAAAAGUAUCAUAUAGAUCCAUUUAUAUACCAAUUUAUUUUAAGAGAAUCAUAUUUAAGUUUUACUGAAUUAUCAAGGGUAGUUUAGGAUAGAAUUUUAUUGGCAUUUGAUAUUAAUCCUCAUAAUGAAUAAGAAAAAGUUUACUAUAAUUAAUUUAGAUUAUUUAAAUAGAUUAUUAUAAGUUAACAUUUUAAAGAACAGUCCUUAAUAAACUUUUUUAUUAAAGUAUUUUAUUAUAAUAUUUAAGUUCUUUAAUCCUCAAGAUUUACCUACAAUCUCGUUGUAAGAUUUUAGAUCAAUACUUAUUGUGAUUUUAGAAAAUUCAGAAAAUAUGGAUUAAUUAGUAAAAUACUUUUUAAAAAAUAUAUAAUUAUCUUAAUAUGUUUAAGAUAAUUAAAUAAAAGACUUAUUUGGUAUAUUUAAGUCUAAAAUACUAGACCCUAUAAAUUUGAUCUAUUUAUUAUUAAAUAAUAGUUGA